AUGAAAGGCCUCAGUGACAGCCGCCCCCGCCACCUCUCCGACAGCCUGGACCCACCACAUGAGCCCCUGUUCGCAGGGCCUGACCGAAACCCUUACCUGCUAUCGCCCACGGAGGCCUUCGCCCGUGAGGGUCGCUUCCCUGGGCAGAACGCUCUGCCAGGGGAUGGCCUCUUCCCACUCAACAACCAGCUGCCACCACCCAGCAGCACCUUCCCCCGCAUCCACUACAACUCCCACUUCGAGGUGCCAGAGGAGAGCCCCUUCCCCAGCCAUGCCCAGGCCACCAAGAUCAACCGGCUGCCUGCCAACCUCCUGGACCAGUUUGAGAAGCAGCUGCCCAUCCACCGCGAUGGCUUCAGCACACUCCAGUUCCCCCGCGGUGAGCCUAAGGCCCGUGGCGAGAGCCCUGGCCGCAUCCGUCACCUGGUCCACUCAGUCCAGCGGCUCUUCUUCACCAAAGCACCCUCACUGGAGGGCACAGCGGGCAAGAUUGGUGGCAAUGGUGGCAAGAAAGGUAGCCUGGAGGACGGCAAGGGCCGGAGGGCCAAGAGCAAGGAGCGGGCCAAGGCUGGAGAGCCCAAACGGCGCAGCCGCUCCAACAUCUCAGGCUGGUGGAGCUCUGACGACAACUUAGAUGGCGAGGGUGGCGCCUUCCGCAGCAGUGGUCCAGCCUCUGGGCUGAUGACCCUAGGCCGCCAGGCAGAGCGCAGCCAGCCGCGCUACUUCAUGCAUGCCUACAACACCAUCAGCGGGCACAUGCUCAAAGCCACCAAGAACAACACCACCGAGCUGACCUCCCCACCACCCCCGCCUGCUCCCCCAGCCACCUGCCCCAGCCUUGGGGUGGGUACUGACACCAACUACGUCAAGCGGGGCUCCUGGUCCACUCUGACCCUCAGCCACACCCAUGAGGUCAGCCAGAAGACCUCAGCCACUUUGGAUAAGAGCCUGCUAAAGUCCAAGUCCUGCCACCAGGGUCUAGCCUACCAUUACCUGCAGGUGCCCGGCGGCGGCGGCGAGUGGAGCACCGCGCUGCUGUCCCCGCGCGAGGCGGACGCCGCGGCCGAGGGACCUAUCCCGUGCCGGCGCAUGCGCAGCGGCAGCUACAUCAAGGCCAUGGGCGACGAGGACAGUGACGAGUCCGGCGGCAGUCCCAAGCCCUCACCCAAGACUGCGGCGCGGCGCCAGAGCUACCUUAGAGCCACGCAGCAGUCGCUGGGAGAGCAGAGCAACCCCCGCAGGAGCCUGGACCACCUGGAUUCAGUGGACAUGCUUCUGCCCUCCAAGUGUCCAAGCUGGGAGGAAGACUACAACCCCAUCAGCGACAGCCUCAAUGACUCCAGCUGCAUCAGCCAGAUUUUUGGACAGGCCUCCCUGAUCCCCCAGUUGUUUGGCCAUGAGCAGCAGGUACGGGAGGCAGAUCUGAGCGACCAGUACGAGGCAGCCUGUGAGUCGGCCUGCAGCGAAGCAGAGUCAGCAGCGGCAGAGGUGCUUGACUUGCCACUGCCCAGCUACUUCCGCUCCCGCAGCCACAGCUACCUGCGGGCCAUCCAGGCGGGCUGCUCGCAGGAGGAGGACAGUGUCUCCCUGCAGUCCCUCUCCCCACCACCCAGCACCAGCAGCCUCAGCAACAGCCGCACGCUUCCAAGUUCAUCAUGCUUAGUGGCAUAUAAGAAGACCCCGCCACCGGUCCCUCCACGCACCACGUCAAAGCCGUUCAUCUCAGUCACAGUUCAGAGCAGUACUGAGUCUGCCCAGGACACCUACCUGGACAGCCAGGACCACAAGAGUGAGGUGACAAGUCAGUCAGGCCUGAGCAACUCGUCGGACAGCCUGGACAGCAGUACCCGACCGCCCAGCGUGACACGGGGCGGAGUUGCCCCAGCCCCCGAGGCCCCCGAGCCGCCCUCAAAACAUGCAGCUCUGAAGAACGACCAAGGGACACUGACCAGCUCCGAGUCCCACCCUGAGGCCAUCACCAAAAGGAAACUGUCAUCGAUAGGAGUACAAGAGAGGACUAGAAGGAACGGUUCCCACCUCUUGGAGGACAACGGACCCAAAGCGAUCGAUGUGAUGGCACCCUCCUCAGAAAGCAGCGCCCCCUCCCACAGCAUGUUCUCCCGACGGGACACCGACUCGGAUACCCAGGAUGCCAACGACUCGAGCUGUAAGUCAUCUGAGAGGAGCCUCCCAGACUGUACCCCACACCCCAACUCCAUCAGCAUCGAUGCUGGCCCCCGGCAGGCCCCCAAGAUUGCCCAGAUCAAGCGCAAUCUCUCCUAUGGAGACAACAGCGACCCUGCCCUAGAGGCGUCCUCGCUGCCCCCACCUGACCCCUGGCUUGAGACGACCUCCAGCUCCCCAGCAGAGCCAGCACAGCCAGGGGCCUGCCGCCGAGAUGGCUACUGGUUCUUGAAGCUACUUCAGGCCGAGACAGAGCGGCUGGAAGGCUGGUGCUGCCAGAUGGACAAGGAGACCAAAGAGAACAACCUCUCUGAAGAAGUUUUAGGAAAAGUCCUCAGUGCUGUGGGCAGUGCCCAGCUACUGAUGUCCCAAAAGUUCCAGCAGUUCCGGGGCCUCUGUGAGCAGAACUUGAACCCUGACGCCAACCCACGUCCCACAGCCCAGGACCUGGCAGGGUUCUGGGACCUGCUGCAGCUGUCCAUCGAGGACAUCAGCAUGAAGUUUGAUGAGCUUUACCACCUCAAGGCCAACAGCUGGCAGCUAGUGGAGACCCCCGAGAAGAGGAAGGAAGAGAAGAAACCACCCCCUCCGGUCCCAAAGAAGCCAGCCAAAUCCAAGCCGGCGGUGAGCCGAGACAAGGCCUCAGAUGCUGGGGACAAGCAGCGCCAGGAGGCCCGCAAGAGACUCCUGGCAGCCAAGCGGGCAGCUUCUGUGCGGCAGAACUCAGCCACAGAGAGUGCAGACAGCAUCGAGAUUUACGUCCCCGAGGCCCAGACCCGGCUCUGAGACCGUGAAGGAGGAAGGAAAUCAUUUUUACAUCAUUAAAAGACACACAGAAAAACUAAAUGCAAAUGGAACAAAAUUUUCUCAACCUUUAGUAUGAUUAUUCUGCCUAGAGACCCUGAGCCAACUUUCAAAUUGAUGCAUACAAGGGCUCACAAUUUGGCUUUUUUGGGUCCCUCCCAGCUUUAGGUUAUGAAGACUUCACAUACAUACACACAAAUCAACAAGAAACCUAAAACUUUUUUUUCCUCUUGCUGGCCGUGGUGGACUAGAUAGAUGGACUCUGGCAAAUCCCUGGUCCAGCCUCCCGAUUGCGGUCUUUUUACUUGUUCUGUCGAAUGAGAACUUAAACUAGCUUGUUUACAAGAUAACGACAGUCCAAGGGCAGCCUUGGGCACCUCCCUUUCCUUCCUUCCUUCUCCCAGCUACCCCCGCUCUCACCU